AUGACGAUCGAGGCUAUGAGAGGUGGGGUUGCCCCGCACUGGGUCAAGCAUGUGGAGGAGCGCGGCAUCCUCGAUAAACCGCUUCUUGGAAGUGGCGAGAGCAGGCAGGCCCUAACUUCCAGUGUCUCCAGCCAAAGGCUCGAGCUGCCCCGCCGGUCGAUCAACGCCUUCCGCCAGCAGCGGUACGUCGCGCUGUCCUGCACCUGGACUCCGUCGAAGCAUGAAGACCCGAAAAUCGGGCAGUACCCCGUCGAAAACUGGGACGAUGAAGACACCUAA